CAUUUUUUUGCGCAAAGCGAAAGUGAAAGGCUCAGCUCCAGUGGCGCGAUGCUAUGAUUUUACUUUAGCGGGUUUUACAGCGGGUUUUUCUCCAGACAAACUCAACCAUCAGGUUUUGCAUUUUAGAAGUUGUUCAGUAGUUCAGGCUUUACACUGCUGUGUGUGUGUGUUUUGCUGCGUGAUGGCGGAACCACAUUUACCGGAAAUAUUUUCUAACAUGACACUUCUCGUCAACCCGGAAAGAUUUGUGGAGCCGAACGCAGUUCUUAAAAAGACUGGCCUAAAAAUAGAGGAAAGAGGAUCACUUUUAAAGGUCGAGGGAACCUUUAACGAUAUUGAAAAGACGUAUUUGGAAUUGCAAGGAACAUGCAAGGAGAGAAAAACAGACCAGUAUGGAGCACCUAAAGAAAGGAGCAGUGUAUACCAGUACACCUCAGCCAGCAUGAAGUCAGCUUCCAGUGCACCAGUGGAACCGGUAGAGGUCGACAAUGUCGUUAUGAGUUACAUUAAAGAAAAAUGCUCUGCAGAGCUCGAUAAAAUAAGACGACCUGAGGUAAGCAUGAAAACUGAUAAGAAGCAGGUGACAUUUCAUCCACAGGACCCGGGACAUGGAACAGUCCUCGCUCAUUUGGUGAGAGAGCGCUUUGUAUCUUUCUAUCAGAAGAUCGCUACGGUGCUGCAGACUAGAUCUUAUUGUUUAGACGCGUAUCAACUUCAGCCGUUGCUCGCAGAGUUUCCAGAGCUCUUACUCAACACUGGACAAAGUAAAACAGAUGAAAUAACGCUCACAGGGAGGUUCAGUAGUCUUGAAAGGUUCGAGCAGUUCUUGAAAAGCCCUCCUAAAAGGUCUUCUCCAAGGAAAAUCAACUACACCAUGGACAUUGGGGCUACAGACUCCAGCCAGGCGUUACAGAGUAAAACCCCUGACAAAGAGGAAACGUGUUCCAUUUGUUUGGAACAAAUGGUUCAAUCACAAAUGAAGACUCUGGAGAAAUGUAAGCACUCUUUCUGUAUAGAGUGCUUAAAGAGGGCUUUUGAAAUUAAACCCAUCUGUCCUACAUGUGGAGUUAUAUACGGUGCACUAGAGGGAACCCAGCCUAAAGGAGGCAAAAUGAAAGUCACAUAUGAAAAGUUCCCUCUACCCGGUUAUGAAAACUAUGGAACAAUCCUCAUUCACUACAUCAUUCCAAGUGGGAUACAGGGGGAUGAACACCCAAAUCCAGGCAAGCCCUACGAUGGUGCUGUACGCCUGGCCUACUUACCAAACAACACAGAGGGAAAGAAAGUUCUUAAGCUUCUUACAAAAGCAUUUGAACAAAGGUUAACCUUCACAGUUGGACGCUCAUCAACUACUGGCAGGAGUAACGUUGUCACCUGGAAUGACAUUCAUCACAAGACAUCCUGCAUUGGAGGGCCUACUGCUUACGGUUACCCAGAUCCUGACUAUCUGAAACGGGUCCAAGAGGAGCUGAAAGUGAAAGGAAUUUAUUGAUAUAAUAGUGGUUGAGAUUCAGCAUCCAUGUAAACAUUAGCUUAAUGUAAUCAGGCAUAACAUUAUGAGCACUGACAGCUGAAGUGAAUAAGACUGAUUAUUUCCUCAUCAUGGCACCUGUUAGUGGGUGGGAUAUAUUAGGCAGCAAGUGAACAUGUUGCUCAGAUUGUUGAAGAAGUUAAUGCUGGUUCUGAUAGAAAGGUGUCAGAAUACACAGUGCAUGAUGGAUCAGGGCUGUUUUGGCAGCAAAAGAGGGACCAACACAAUAUUAGGGGGACUAACACAAUAUUAGGGGGACUAACACAAUAUUAGGGGGACUAACACAAUAUUCAGGGGACUAACACAAUAUUAGGGGGACUAACACAAUAUUAGGGGGACCAACACAAUAUUAGGGGGACUAACACAAUAUUAGGGGGACCAACACAAUAUUAGGGGGACUAACACAAUAUUAGGGGGACCAACACAAUAUUAGGGGGACUAACACAAUAUUAGGGGGACCAACACAAUAUUAGGGGGACUAACACAAUAUUAGGGGGACUAACACAAUAUUCAGGGGACUAACACAAUAUUAGGGGGACUAACACAAUAUUAGGGGGACUAACACAAUAUUAGGGGGACUAACACAAUAUUCAGGGGACUAACACAAUAUUAGGGGGACUAACACAAUAUUAGGGGGACCAACACAAUAUUAGGGGGACCAACACAAUAUUAGGGGGACUAACACAAUAUUAGGGGGACUAACACAAUAUUAGGGGGACUAACACAAUAUUAGGGGGACCAACACAAUAUUAGGGGGACCAACACAAUAUUAGGGGGACUAACACAAUAUUAGGGGGACCAACACAAUAUUAGGGGGACCAACACAAUAUUAGGGGGACUAACACAAUAUUAGGGGGACUAACACAAUAUUAGGGGGACUAACACAAUAUUAGGGGGACCAACACAAUAUUAGGGGGACUAACACAAUAUUCAGGGGACUAACACAAUAUUAGGGGACCAACUCCACACACACAAUAUCUCUCCUUUUCCCUUUAUUUGCUACUCAGUUCCUCACAAUGCAUAUUAAAUCAUUUGACACAAUGGAAGGGUCUUUUCAUGUCAAUAAAAUUAAGUGACCGUUUAAUCCUGGUCAAACAUGUACAGAACUUGAAAAUGUACUCAGUUUCACUAUACAGGAGAUACGUUGAUUUUAUUUCCUUUAUUAUAGGAAUAUUUGGUCACUAAUGUAAUGUUUAUGUUUUAAAUAAACCUUGGGUCAGUAUCCCAUGAACAAACCACUCUCAUAACUCUCUUU